AUGCUUAGAUUAUUAAAAUUGAAUCUGGACUGUUUGUGGUAUAUAGAAACAGAUAAUAGUUCUUACGUUAUAAGACUAGAAUUCCUGGAAUUUUCUACAGAGGAUACGGGUUAUUGUUUAGAAGAUAAAGUUGUAAUAUAUGACGGUGAGCCGCAUUAUUCGAAUUAUUUAGAGACAUAUUGUGGUAGGAAGAUACCAGAUCCAAUUGUCAGUAUAGGAGUAUUGCUCACUAUAAAACUACAAACUGACUCCUCGAAACAUUCUACAGGCUUCAAGGCGAGAUAUAUAGCAGGGCCCGAAUCGGAGUUGUAUGACGAUGAUGAUUCAUCAGAACAGACAACUACUACUGACAACUCCGUGUACGUGAUCCUCGGUGUUACCACGGGAACGGUACUGCUGGUUGUUAUAGUGAUAGCUGUUGCCAUCAACGUGUACAAGCACGUGCAAGCUAAAAAGCUUCAUGAUUCCCCUCAAUCUCCAUCUAACAGACGGUUUUCAGACGCUCGCGUUCAUCCUCUUGUUUUCAAUGGUCAACAAUACAACGAUAAUAAUACAAACACAUUCAAUACUGAUAGCCCUCCCAUAUAUUCGGAAUUUGCGCCUCGCCCAAUGUCACCGCCUCCUAGAUAUACCAUGUUUGACACAAACACAUUCCGUUGACAAUAUACACUACGUGCGACACGGAGAAACAUGUUAUAUGUAUUCAUUCAUUUAGCUUAUGUCUGCAUGCAUGUUUAUUUGACUAUGAUAUAUAUAUAUUUGCAUUACAUGAAACUGAACAGAAGCGUCCAACAGAUAUGUUGUUGCAUUCGAUAAACUAGACAAGAUAAUCUGGAUUAUUAACUGAAAAUACAAAAUAAUGAUUGACGACAAAUAUUUUGAAAAUAUGGAUGGCUCACGAUAGUACAUGCCAGUAAAGGCUUUGAUAAAUUGCAGUCAAUUUAUCUGAGAUGUUUGAACGACUGCCUUGCACUUAAUUUGAUCUAUCUUCUUUUAUAUUACUCGUUAAAUGCGCUGAAAAAGAAAGCAACAUUUUUAAUCUAAAUACAUGUGUAUGUAUAAGUUAUAGUAGUGACUCAGAACAUUUUAUAACUAUGUCAUAGUGAAUACGCCUGUGUUAGACAUUUUAACAUAUAAAGAUGAGCGCCGGAGUACGGGGUACAUAUAUCCCGCAUAGAUAGCUUUUUGUAAUGACUUGACAAGUUUGUAUUGUCUUCAACUGAAAUCGUACAGUAAAUAAGUGUAAAAUAAAAAUUGUAUUG